UGGGCGGUGGCUUUUUUAAAUUUUAUUUCCAUUUCAUUUGAAGACGCUCGGACUCUUGGAAAGAAAGGAGAGAGGGAGGGAGGAAGGGAGAGCGAGAGCGCCCGAGCUGCCGCCUGCCUGGACGUGCGCUGAGGGUCGGCUUGUGCGUCUCCCCUCGGAAGAGCAGCGCUAUGGCUGGGGAUGGGCUUGGUGGAGGGCGCUGGCGGCGGCGGCAGCAGCAGGAGCUCCCCGGAGCCCCGGCGGCGCGCCCUGCCUGGUGUUAGCCAUGGCAAAUGGCAGCGGCGGCGGAGGAGGCGGCGGCGGCGGCGGUGGCGGCGGCUCCAGCGGCUCCAGUAGCUACUACUCGGGAGGAGGCGGCGGCAGCGGCAGCAUUAGGAUGAGUAGCCCCAUCAGCGCCAGCAGCAACCUGAACGCGGACUCCUCCUCGGCGCCCGCCAGGGCUCCCAACGCGCUCAUCAUCCCCAUGACCAUGGAGGUCCCCUGCGACAGCGGGCAGCGCAUGUGGUGGGCCUUCUUGGCCUCAUCCAUGGUCACCUUUUUCGGGGGACUCUUUAUUAUCCUGCUCUGGAGGACCCUCAAGUACCUGUGGACCGUCUGCUGCCAUUGUGGGGGCAAGGAGAAGGAAGUCCAGAAGAUAAACAGCAAUGGGGAAACCCAGGCAGAUGGAGACUUGAAGCCCACAGAUGAGAAAGAGGAAGUUGUGGCAGUAGAAGUGGGCUGGAUGACCUCUGUUAAAGACUGGGCAGGGGUGAUGAUUUCGGCCCAGACCUUAACUGGCAGAGUCCUUGUUGUCUUAGUCUUCGCUCUUAGUAUUGGUGCUCUUGUAAUAUACUUCAUAGAUUCGUCAAACCCAAUAGAAUCUUGCCAGAAUUUCUACAAAGAUUUCACGUUACAGAUAGACAUGGCUUUCAACGUGUUCUUCCUACUCUACUUUGGCUUGCGGUUCAUAGCAGCUAACGACAAGCUAUGGUUCUGGUUGGAAGUAAACUCGGUGGUAGAUUUCUUCACAGUCCCUCCAGUGUUCGUUUCAGUGUAUUUAAACAGAAGUUGGCUGGGUUUAAGAUUUUUACGCGCUCUUAGGCUGAUACAGUUCUCAGAAAUUUUGCAGUUUCUGAAUAUCCUUAAAACAAGUAAUUCCAUCAAGUUGGUGAAUCUGUGCUCAAUAUUCAUUAGCACAUGGCUGACAGCAGCUGGAUUUAUACAUUUGGUGGAGAACUCAGGGGAUCCAUGGGAGAACUUCCAAAAUAACCAGGCGCUUACAUAUUGGGAAUGUGUUUAUUUACUAAUGGUUACUAUGUCCACUGUUGGUUAUGGAGAUGUUUAUGCAAAAACAACCCUUGGUCGCCUUUUCAUGGUCUUCUUCAUCCUCGGGGGAUUGGCCAUGUUUGCCAGCUACGUCCCUGAAAUCAUAGAGUUAAUAGGAAACCGCAAGAAAUAUGGUGGUUCCUAUAGUGCGGUUAGUGGAAGAAAGCAUAUUGUUGUCUGUGGCCACAUAACACUGGAAAGUGUGUCCAACUUCCUGAAGGACUUCCUGCACAAGGACAGGGAUGAUGUGAACGUAGAAAUUGUCUUUCUGCAUAAUAUCUCCCCUAACCUUGAGUUGGAAGCUCUUUUUAAACGGCACUUCACUCAGGUGGAAUUUUUUCAGGGUUCAGUUCUCAAUCCGCAUGACCUGGCCAGAGUAAAGAUAGAGUCAGCAGACGCGUGCCUAAUCCUUGCCAACAAAUACUGCGCUGACCCAGAUGCUGAAGAUGCCUCCAAUAUUAUGAGAGUAAUUUCCAUAAAGAAUUAUCAUCCGAAAAUAAGAAUAAUCACCCAGAUGCUCCAGUAUCACAACAAGGCCCAUCUGCUAAAUAUCCCAAGCUGGAAUUGGAAAGAAGGGGAUGAUGCAAUAUGCCUUGCAGAGCUCAAGCUGGGUUUCAUCGCCCAGAGCUGCCUGGCACCAGGCCUAUCGACAAUGUUGGCCAACCUCUUCUCCAUGAGGUCAUUUAUAAAGAUUGAGGAGGAUACGUGGCAGAAAUACUACCUGGAAGGAGUUGCUAAUGAAAUGUAUACAGAGUAUCUUUCUAGUGCCUUUGUCGGUUUGUCAUUCCCUGCUGUUUGUGAACUGGUGUUUGCGAAGCUAAAGCUCUUAAUGAUAGCCAUAGAAUACAAGUCGGAAAAACGGGAAAGCAGUAUAUUAAUCAAUCCUGGAAACCAUGUGAAGAUUCAGGAGGGUACUUUAGGAUUCUUCAUUGCAAGCGAUGCCAAAGAAGUAAAAAGGGCAUUUUUUUACUGCAAGGCCUGUCACGAUGACAUCACAGAUCCCAAAAGGAUAAAAAAAUGUGGCUGCAAACGACAAGUAAAGAAUGAAGCUAAACCAAGUUACUCAAACCGCUCAGUUCAGUUCAAGAGCGCAAGUACCCAUGCAGUGGUUGGCACCAAGUCCACUGACGGAAUCCCGGAACCAGUCCCGCUUGUUAAUAACCGUAAAGGAAGCCUCCUUCUACCCAACAAUCCCUCGCGGCUGCAUCUUAACUUGUUGGGCUCGGUUGAGCAAGGAAAAACUUCCUACUGUAGAUUGCAAAGGGCACUCAGUCUACCUGCCAAAUGCCACCAUUACCAGAACAAAAAGCCGGGGUUGAAGCAAGAGCUCCUUGAAGAUGAGGAGCCAACGACGUUGUCACCCAAAAAGAAGCAGCGAAAUGGAGGCAUGAGAAAUUCACCCAACUCCUCACCCAAGCUGAUGAGACAUGACCCCUUAUUAAUACCCGGCAAUGAACAAGUUGACAACAUGGAUUGCAAUGUGAAAAAAUAUGACUCCACGGGAAUGUUUCAUUGGUCUCCAGCCAAGGAGAUUGACAAGGUUAUUUUGACUCGAAGUGAAGCAGCCAUGACAGUGUUAAGUGGCCAUGUGGUGGUUUGCAUAUUUGGAGAUGUGACAUCAGCACUGAUAGGACUAAGAAAUUUUGUGAUGCCAUUAAGAGCCAGCAACUUCCACUACCAUGAGCUCAAGCACAUUGUGUUUGUGGGCUCCCUUGAAUACUUGAGGAGAGAAUGGGAGACAAUGCAUAACUUCCCCAAGGUCUCAAUCUUGCCUGGUACACCAUUAAGUCGAGCUGAUUUAAGGGCUGUCAACAUCAACCUCUGCGACAUGUGCGUAAUCCUGUCAGCCAAUCAGAAUAAUAUUGAUGAUACUUCGCUGCAGGACAAGGAAUGCAUCUUGGCAUCACUCAACAUCAAGUCUAUGCAGUUUGAUGACAGCAUUGGGGUCUUGCAGGCUAAUUCCCAAGGGUUUUCACCACCAGGAAUGGACAGGUCAUCACCAGACAACAGCCCAGUGCACGGCCUCCUACGCCAACACUCCAUUACAACAGGAAUUGAUAUCCCUAUUAUAACAGAAUUAGUGAAUGAUUCAAACGUUCAGUUUCUGGACCAAGAUGAUGAUGACGACCCUGAUACAGAACUUUAUCUCACACAGCCUUUUGCCUGUGGAACUGCAUUUGCGGUCAGCGUGUUGGAUUCCCUGAUGAGCGCAACAUACUUCAAUGACAAUAUUCUCACACUGAUACGUACAUUGGUAACAGGAGGAGCCACGCCGGAGCUAGAGUCACUGAUUGCGGAGGAGAAUGCGCUGAGAGGAGGCUACAGCACACCCCAGACACUUGCAAACAGAGACAGGUGUCGGGUGGCUCAGUUGGCGUUGCUAGAUGGGCCUUUUGCAGACCUCGGGGAUGGUGGUUGUUAUGGAGAUCUGUUUUGUAAAGCUUUGAAAACAUACAAUAUGCUUUGCUUUGGAAUAUACCGAUUGAGAGAUUUCAAUCUAAGCACACCUAGCCAAUGCACCAAGCGUUUUGUUAUAGCCAACCCACAUUAUGAGUUUGAGCUUGUGCCGACAGACUGGAUCUUCUGUUUGAUGCAGUAUGACCACAAUGCUGGCCAAUCCCGAGCCAGUCUCUCCCAUUCUUCCCAUUCCUCCUAUACUUCUAGCAAGAAAAGCUCCUCGGUUCACUCUAUCCCAGCAACCGCAAACCGACAGAAUCGCACUAAGACCAGGGACUCCCGGGAAAAGCAGAAUGCGACAAGGAUGAAUAGAAUGGGCCAAGCAGAAAAGAAAUGGUUUACAGAUGAGCCGGAUAAUGUGUAUCCAAGAAACAUUCAAAUCAAGCCCAUGAGUACACAUAUGGCCAAUCAGAUCAAUCAGUAUAAGUCUACCAGCAGCUUGAUACCACCAAUCAGAGAAGUUGAAGAUGAAUGUUGACUCACAGAAGGCCAGAACUAUUUUAAAAAAAAACCUGACAGACUUCAUGAAUGGUGAUGUGACAUUUGUUCCUCUUUCAUGCCGAGCCACUGGUGGAAAAAGUUUAAGAAAAGGCAAGUGUUUGCCAGAAAGCAAAGUAGACAGAUCUUUGUUUAUCUGCCUUUAAUAUUUGCUUCCAUGUAUUUUGGAAACUAUUUCAUUUAUAAAACAACAUAAUCAAAGCAGUCAUGUAUAGCCUCUAGUGUUUUAAAUUAUUUUUAUUUAUUAAAAAGAAAAUAUAUUUUUUCUUUAUUUCAUUGUCAACUAUUUUCCCUUAACAAAACAGCUGCAAAUGUGGCCAGACUCCAAUAAUAUAAUAUUCCUGCUCCUUUUCAUGUCUUUCAGGAGAAUGAUGGUCACAACUCAAAGCAAAAAUGUAUUUAAAGAGAUAAAUAAUGUAUUUUAAAAAGGUCCACCUUGUAUUUUAGUAAAUCAAAGAAGUAACAAAGAGAGCAUACUAGAAUGUUUCUUUCCUGGAAGACGUGUAUUUUGUUUAGCAUUGACACCAGCUCUUAAUAAACUGAAGCUUAUUUAUUUUGAAUAAAGUGGAAACGUCAUAUUUUUGUAAAAUUAACAAUCCUUCUGAAAUUAUCUAUUGAUCUGCUACGAGACAGCACAAUCCCAUAUACACUUACCUGAAAGUAAGCACCUUUGAACACAAU